AUGGCGACGCCGUUUCCCAACAUCUACACCCAUCGGAAGGUCGCUGAGACGGCAUCCAAGGCUUGCGAUGUCUGCUACAAGCCCAGCACAUCCGUACUAAUAACCCCAGAUAAGAAGGACUUCUUCUACAUCUGCCCAGUCCAUCUGAAGGACCGCAACUUUGCUACUCCCAAAAUUGAUGAGGAAGCUGUCAAGGCCAAGCGGGAAAAGGAACUCGCUGAAGAAAAAGAAAAGCUGAUGAAGGAGUACGAGGAACGGCAAAAGAAGAAGAAGGAAAAGGAAAAGGAGAAGGAGAAAGACAAGGACGGCAAAAACAAGUCCAAGGACAAGGACGAAGAGAAGAAGAAAGACGAAGACCAGGACAAGGAUAAAGACAAGGCGGCAACGGACGACGAGAAUGACACUCCCACGGAAGAAGAGCCUCGGGUUUUCGAGCUCAAACACGUGUUCUAUCAACAGAGGAUUCAGAAAAAGAGGCAGGCAGAAGCUGCCAAACGGGACCGUGAGAGGGCGUCACAGCCUGGUUACUUCCCCUCUGUCCCUUCAGAUCUUCCCAGUAGGUGA